UGGGGCUGGACCCAGACUCCUACCCCGCGGUGGUGUGGGGACAGCCAGGACCACCUGCCAGCUCUGGAGUCCCUUGCCCAAAUUUCCAGAACGAGGAUGCGAAACCUCCCACCUCCCUCCCCCCACCAGCAGGUCACCCCCCCACAAACUCCAGCUGCCCUCCCGGCCCUAGGGGCCCCAUUCUGCAGCCCCACGUGACCUGUGAUCUGCCCAGCCCAGGCGCUGGGACCUGGGGGCCAGCUGGCCGGGCCCUGGGGAGCCCCCUAGCCAAGUCCCAGUCCCCCUGACAGGGAGGAGGGUCCAGCCCCACUCCUUGCCCUCUUUUCACCCCAACAGUGCGGCCUCGCCGGGUCCUGCCUGAGCAGGCCUGCCUGGCAGGCUGGGACAUGCCUGGCCCCCAAGGCCUGCCGGUGGGCGAUGGCUGCGGUGGAGGAGGAGCCGGAGCCGCAGGUGGCUGCUGCAGGAGAUGCUGCCGCAGGAGAUGCUGCAGACACUGUGGAUGCGGAUCCUGGGGCGCCCCUUCUCCCGGCCGGGAACCGGCUGAGCUUGGACCUGCACCCUCGGGGCUGCCGCCGGCUGCUGCACCUGUGUGCCCGGCGGACCCCUCAGCUGCAGGAGGUGGAGUUCCUGCAGCUGAGUGGCCACGAAGACGCUCGGCUGCUGGAGGCCACCCUGGCUAGGGUGCCAGGGAGCCUGCCGUACCUCCGGUCCCUGGUCAUCAAAGGUGGGCAGCACUGGGACGCACAGGGCUCCUGCGUCCGGGGCUCCCUGACCACGCUGCCGGCCAGCCUGAGUGGCCUGGCUCGCCUGGUGCACCUGGACCUGAGCUUCAACAGCCUGGAGACGCUGCCGGCCUGCGUCCCGCGGAUGAGCAGCCUGGACUCCCUGCUGCUGUCGCACAACCGCCUCUCGGAGCUGCCUGCGGCGCUGGGGGCUCUCUCCGCCCUCACCUUCCUUUCUGCGGCCCACAACCACCUCCCCACGCUGCCCCCGGCGCUGGGGGCCCUGCACACCCUACGGCGCCUGGAUCUCUCUGAGAACCUCCUGGACGCUCUGCCCUGGGAGAUCGGAGGCCUGCGCGGCCUCGAGGAGCUCAAUCUCGCCUCCAACCGGCUGCAGAGCCUCCCGGCCUCCCUGGCGGAGCUGCGUUCCUUGCGGUUCCUCGUCCUGCACAGCAACCUGCUGGCCACCGUGCCCGCCGGCCUGGCCCGCCUCCCACUCCUUGCCCGGCUGGACCUGCGGGACAACCAGCUGCGGGACGUGCCCCCCGAGCUGCUAGACGCCCCCUUUGUGCGCCUGCAGGGGAACCCCCUGGGUGAGCCCCUGCCAGACUCCUGCAGCCCCCCAGGGUCGCCCGCGGCCCCGGAAAUGCCCAGGCUGUUCCUGACCUCAGACUUUGACAGCUUCCCCGUGACCCCGCACGGCUGCUCCGUGACCUUGGCCUGCGGCAUCCGCUUGCGGUUCCCGGCGGGGGCCACCUCGAGCUCUGUCACCAUCCGCUAUCGCCUGUGGCUGCCGGAGCCGCGCCUGGUCCCCCUGGGUCCCCACGACUCCCUGCUCAGCGGUGUCCUGGAGCUGCAGCCCCACGGGGUGGCCUUCCAGCAGGGGGUGGACCUGUGGCUUUUGUUUGUGCCCCCGCGGUCCCGGCGCUGCCGGGAGGUGGUGGUGAGGACCCGGAGCGAGGACAGCUGGAGGGACCUGGAGACCCACCUGGAAGAAGAAACCCCGAAGCGGCUCUGGGCCCACUGCCAGGUGCCCCACUUCUCAUGGUUCCUGGUGGUCUCACGUCCUGUGUGCAACUCCUGCCUGGUGCCACCAGAGGGGGCGUUGCUGUGGUCCUCAGGGCAUCCUGGGGUCAAGGUCACGUUCCCUCCUGGAGCCACGGAGGAGCCUCGUCACGUCUCCAUGCAGGUGGUGCGAACAGGGGGCCAGGAGCUGCAGGCCCUGCUGGAGGAGCCCGGGGCGGCUGCCAGUCCCCUGCUGUGCCUCUCCCAGAGCGGCCCCUCCAGCUUCCUCCGGCCAGUCACCGUGCAGCUCCCUCUGCCCCCUGGCGUCACAGGCCUGAGCCUGGACCGCGCCCGCCUGCACCUGCUGUACCGGGCCCCACCGGCGGCCACCUGGGACGACAUCACGGCUCAGGUGGCGCUGGAGCUCACGCACCUGUACGCCCGCUUCCAGGUCACGCACUUCUCCUGGUACUGGCUCUGGUACACCACCAAGGCCUGCGUCGGGGGCCUGGCACAGAAGGCCUGGCAGCGGCUGCGGCUGCACCGCGUGAACCUCAUCGCGCUGCAGAGGCGCCGGGACCCCGAGCAGGUCCUGCUGCAGUGCCUGCCCCGCAACAAGGUGGACGCCACCCUGCGGCGGCUGCUGGAGCGGUACCGGGGCCCCGAGCCCUCGGACACCGUGGAGAUGUUCGAGGGCGAGAAGUUCUUUGCCGCCUUUGAGGGAGGCAUCGACGUGGAUGCCGACCGCCCAGACUGCGUGCAGGGCAGAAUGUGCUUUGUGUUCUACUCGCACCUGAAGAACGUGAAGGAGGUGUAUGUGACCACCACCCUGGACCGGCAGGCUCAGGCCGUGAGGGGCCAGGUGUCCUUCUAUCGGGGGGCCGUGCCGGAGGAGGUGCCUGCGGAGGCCGAGGCAGCCCGGCUGAGGAAGGGUGCGGACGCCCUGUGGAUGGCCACUCUGCCCAUCAAGCUGCCGAGGCUGCACAGGCCCACGGGCCCGGCGCCGGGGGCUGGCCUCGCCCUGGCACCUCUGAACCUGGGCGAUGCGGAGACCGGCUUCCUGACCCAGAGCAACCUGCUGAACCUGGCCGGGCGCCUGGGCCCCGACUGGCCGGCCGUGGCCCUGCACCUGGGCCUGUCCUACCAGGAGCUGCAGCGCAUCCGACAUGAGUUCCGGGAUGACCUGGACGGGCAGAUCCGCCACAUGCUCUUCUCUUGGGCCGAGCGCCAGGCCGGGCAGCCGGGGGCCGUGGGGCUCCUGGUGCAGGCCCUGGAGCAGAGCGACCGGCGGGACGUGGCCGAAGAGGUGCGGGCUAUCCUGGAGCUGGGCCGCCACAAGUACCAGGACGGCAUCCGUCGCACAAGCCUGGCCCCCCGGGACCUCGCCCCACCUGGGCCUCGCGCCCCCCAGUCCCCGGAGCCAGCCCAGGCCUAGACAGACCCUGCC